GAGGCCUGCCAAGGGAGUGGUGCUGCUGGCGGUGGCCGUGGGCAUCUUUGCCGCCGUGGGCUACUUCGCGUACCAGCGCAAGGGGGCCGACAAGGUGCGGCGCCGCAGUUCCGCAAGGCAAGUGCCGGUGGGUCAGCCGACAGGCGUGGAGAUGCAUACCGGCUUUGCGCAGCCGCAGCCGGUGGCCACCGCGGUGGCCGCGCCAGCGCCACAGGUCUUCCAGGUGCAAUGCCCCGAGGGCUGCGGCCCCGGCUCUCCGAUUUUGGUGACCGCCCCCAGCGGACAACAAGUGAACGUGCAAGUGCCUGACGGGGUGAUGCCUGGCCAGAUGUUCCAAGUGCAGGCAUGAGCUGUACUUCGCUGAAAUGGAUGAGAUUGAAGCAAGUAUGCCCCGCUCACCGCCACUGGAUUGAAUCGGCAGG